AGUCAAUCCCGAUCCAGAACACCGAUCCUGCCGAUCGACAAGCCGAUCAUCGCUGCCGAGCUGCCGAGCUACCUAUCGCCGCUUCCAGCCCAAGCACGGCCCUGCACCGGAUGACAGACCAACCUGUCCAGGAGGACUCGAGCGAGUCCCACGGCAUCUUCCAGUUCGACGACUCGGACGAUCUGUUCGAACAGACCCCAAAGCGGAACCGGCAUGUCAUCGACACCGACUUUGCUGCUCGGGCACUUCCGCGCGGAUGGCUGUUAGGCGCUUCGCUCGAUGUCUCAGCGCGGUUCGGUGAAAAGCUUGGCCCGAACCAAAUCAUCAACGGCAUCGAGAUUUUGUAUCUCCAGCGCAAGUAUGAAGAGUGUCUGGGUCUCGUUGCCGAGUUUGUCAAGCACAACGCCGCCCGGCCCAAACCCAUUCAGAUCAAGGAAAUCUGCGAGAUUGGCGCACGGUGUUGUCUACGCCUCGGCCGGAAUGAAGAGGCGCUGGCGUGGAUCGAGAAACCCGCGGAGCCGAACCGCGAGCCAGGCUACUACUUUCUCAUCGCCCAGAUCUACCGCCUGAACCACCACUUUAUCAAGUCACUCACCUGCUACCGAGAAUACCUCCACAUCCGCAGCAACGACUACCUGGCUUGGAAAGAAAUCGCGCUGCUCUUCCACUCCAUCUACGAGAGCAAGCAAGCGUCCAGGGAUCUUCUCGUCAUCGCCGUGCUGUCGAUGCGGUACUCGUAUAGGCUGCUUCUGCGAUCACCCCGGCCCUCGACCGUCUUUUCGCAAGCCAACCUGCGGAAGGAGGGCGCAUUUAUCGAGUCGACGACGCAGGCGUGGGAGGCCGUCUUUGUGGUGCCGCAGGACAACCAGGACCCGGGACGAUCGCUCGACGAUAUCGAUGUCGCCAAGGUUGAUCGAGAGGCAAUCCGGGUGCAUUUGAAUGAGGACUUGGCCGACUGGAUCAUAUCCUGCAGCGGCGGUAACGGCGGGUAUGAAAACGAUGACAAUGCCCCCGAGGAAGAGGAUGACGAGGACCUGGCCGCCCUGGAGGGGUAGAUGGCUCUGUCUGCCAACUCGUCGGCACCAACAAACGUGCUACAGACUCGUUGGCUACAGACUCGUUGGCUGCAGGCUCGUUGGCUGUAGCUGGACAUAUACUGUCCCUUGUGCAUUUCAGUCAGCACGGCACGCACAGGAACACGAUUAGAGAACCGUCUCCCUCUGUUGUUCUCAGA